CCUCUUCUCCCCGCAGCGGCAUGGCGUUCGAGAGAUUCACCGACGAUCUCCUCGUGGAGAUCCUCUCCCGCAUCCCCGCCAUGUCUCUCCGCCGCCUCAAGUGCGUCUCCAAGCACUGGCUCUACCUCAUCGACCACCCCGACCACCGCAAAAAGCUCCCCCAACCCCUCGCCGGCUUCCUCUACACCAGCAGCACCACCGGGGAGUUGCUUACGGUUUCAUCUUUCCGCUUCACCAGUCUCUCGAGGGGAUGCCGCGCUCCUCUCAUAGACACGUCUUUCGCCUUCCUGCCCAACCACCAGCGCGUCGAUCUUUUAGACUGCUGUAGCGGCCUCCUCCUCUGCCGCUGGCACGCCGCCGGGGCCGACGAAUGCCGUUACAUCGUGUGCAAUCCCGCGAGAAAGGAGUGGGUCAUGCUACCUGAACCCAGCAAGGCCGAGGAGGUGAGCACUGUACGCCUGGGUUUCGAUCCGGCCGUGUCUUCCCACUUCUAUGUGUUUAUUAUGUUGCUGGAGGAGAUCGACGGUGACUUCUACCACACCAGAGUGAAUGUGUAUUCGUCGGAAACCGGACGGUGGGCUCGUAAGGAAAAGAGAUGGGACGAGUCUAUUUUUCCUUUUGGUCAUCAGCUCCGGUCUACUGUAUUCCUCAACGGUUGUAUGCAUUUUCACGCAUAUAGCUUCAAGUCAUACGAUUGUCUAGUUGCAGUGGACACAGAAGGGGAGACAUGGACGAUCUUCCAUCUCCCUCCUGGCCUGUUUAAUGGUUUUCUUCAUCAGUCACAUGGUUGCUUGCAUUAUUCCACUUUCCUGUAUGAUGCUGAUAGCAGGUUUCCAAUAGUGGUUUAUGUUCUCGAGGACUAUAACAAAAAAGAGUGGAUGUUGAAGCAUAGCAUUGUAACUGGAUGGACACAACGUAUUAGUCACAGUUGGAUGGCGAUUCAUCCGGAGUGUGACUUGAUGUUCUUCACAGAGGGACAGGAUACCAAAUUCAUGUCUAUGAUGUGCUAUAAUAUGGAUCGUCAGCAAGUAAAAGAGGUCUCCAAUCUUGACUAUGGGGACCCACCAUACCUACCAUAUGUACCAUUCUAUGCGGCGUUACAAUCAUUGCACUCGUGAAAACAAUAGUUGACUCUGGACUUUAUUUGGUGCAAUGGUAGUUCAGUAAUGAGGCAACUUGUCUGAUUCCUCUUAGAUUUGUUCGCGUAGUAGUGUUGA